CUUAUCAAAUAGGGUCAACUCCUUUAAUUCCCGAAGAAGAAAAAAAGAUAUCUGGAUUUCCCUUUAAAAGAAAGAAUUUCUGUUUUAGCCGCGACAUAUUCAAUAUAGGCUAUUCAAAAAACGUAUAGUCACCUCCUUAUCUUAGUCAAUAAACUGCUUUCCCCACUUAAGAGGAAGAAGAAGGCGUCACUUUCAAAGAUGCUCUGCGUCUUUUCCCACUGACUUUGUGAAGUAAGAGAGGGGAGCGAGAGAAAAAGACGGUGCGGACACAUUCACAGCCUUCAGCAUUUUCACGUCGACAGCCGAGGGCUCAUUGGCGAGCGAGCUGGUCAGUGGGAACGAUGGCUGGAUGUUGUGUGUCGGCGGAGGAGAAGGAGAACCAGAGGAUCAACGAGGAGAUCGAGAAGCAGCUGCGGAGAGACAAGAAGGACUCUCGCAGGGAGCUGAAGCUGCUGCUGUUAGGUACUGGAGAGAGUGGAAAGAGUACCUUUAUCAAACAAAUGAGGAUUAUCCAUGGAGGAGGAUACACGGAUGAGGACAAGAGGAGCUACUCUAAACUGGUCUACCAGAACAUCUUCAUGUCCAUGCAGGCCAUGACCCGAGCCAUGGAGGCCCUCAGUAUAUCUUUGGCUGAUCCCCAGAACCAGAGCCAUGCAAACUCAGUCCUGGAGGUGGAAGUGGAUAAGGUGGAGGAGUUAGAUCAAAGCCUCGUGGUGGCCCUCAGGAGUCUGUGGGACGACGCAGGGAUACAGGAGUGCUACGACCGACGCAGGGAAUUCCAGCUGUCCGACUCCACCAAAUACUAUUUUACCGAACUGGAUCGAAUUUCACAACCCUCUUAUAUACCUGACCUGCAGGAUAUCCUCAGAGUGCGAGUGCCAACCACGGGUAUCAUCGAAUACCCCUUUGACAUGGAGAAUGCCAUCUUUAGGAUGGUGGAUGUGGGGGGUCAGAGGUCAGAGAGGAGGAAGUGGAUCCACUGCUUUGAGAACGUCACCUCCAUCAUCUUCUUGGUGGCGCUCAGCGAGUACGACCAAGUCCUGGCUGAGUGCGACAACGAGAACCGCAUGGAGGAGAGCAAGGCCCUGUUCAAAACAAUAAUAACCUAUCCCUGGUUCCAGCGCUCCUCUGUCAUACUUUUCCUCAACAAGACUGACAUCCUCCAGGAGAAGAUCAUGUACUCUCAUAUAGCCACCUACUUCCCUGAAUUCACAGGACCUGAGCAGGAUGCGACCGCAGCUCAAGAAUUCAUCCUGAAAAUGUAUCAAGAACAAAACCCCGACAAGGGCAAGACGAUGUACCCACACUUUACCUGCGCCACGGACACAGAAAACAUCCGCUUCGUCUUUGUGGCCGUCAAAGACACCAUCCUCAGACACAACCUGAAGGAGUUCAAUCUGGUGUAAAGAGGAGUAGGAGGGACAGACAUGAGGAGAGCCAAGAUAGGAGAAUUACAUAAAACAAAACUUUACAGUGCUUUUUCUUGGCUGUCUAAACAGAGAACAAUUACAUCCACUGAAAAGAUUUAUGGUUUCUUUAAUCCAAAGGUUUAAAUAUUUUCAUCGUUUGCGCCUGUAAAACUAUGAACAUGUAAAAGACAUACCCAAACUGUUUCUGUAGGUUGUGUCUGAAAUGCAGUUUGUGUGUUUUGUGUACUGUAGUUUACAUUUCAGUCUUUAUAGAAAUGUGUUGAAGAAAUGAUACUUUGCAGUGGAAGAAUGUGAAAAUUAGUGUGAAGUAAUAUCAUUGACCUAUUGUGUGGGCUACUUAUUUUACUACUUUUUAAAUACAGCUAUCAGAAAUAGGAUCCAAAUAUACAAUUAUUGCUGAAGCAAUAGCUGCGAGAGCCCCUUUAGUCCUGAGUUUUGAUUUAAUGUUGUGUAAUUGUUUCUAACACCAAGCCUGCUUUUGCCUGCA